AAACCACGCCCAUUGCUGCUGGUCAGAGAGGGAAGCUGGUAAUUCACUCUGCGAAGCAGCAAUAUGAGCGUUUAUACUGUUUCUUGAGAAAACGCGCGACGUGACGAAAUUCCACAGUCGUAAAAUCGCGCGUCGAAAGUGUCAUCCGAUUGCGCGCCGUUUGCGGAUUCAGUGAGUGAUUCAGUGUCGUGAUUGUUUCGCUUCGUACACGGGGAUACGAUUUUUGGUUAGUUUCCGAGCUUCGAAAGGAUAUCGCCGCUCGUCGGUUCAUUUGCCUCGAGGAAUUGCUUUCGGUGAAAGGAAUUUCUCGACUUAGGCUAGGAUGUCACAUCACAGCGACGACAACAUGCUGAUAGCAACCUCGGACUCCUUUUGGGAGCCGGGUAACUACAAACGAACGACUAAGAGGAUCGAGGACGGGCACAAGCUCUGCGACAGCUUAAUAGCUCUGGUCCAGGAAAGGGCGGAGAUCGAAAAGAGUUACGCGAAAGCGUUGAAAAAUUGGUCGAAGAAUUGGAACGACAAGAUCGAGAAAGGACCAGAAUAUGGAACCACCGAGGCUGCGUGGAAAGGCGUCCUCGUGGAAUCGGAGAGGCUGUGCGAUCUUCACCUCAGGGUCAAAGAGAAUCUUUGUAACGACAUCAUUCAGCAGGUGAAAACGUGGCAAAAAGAGACCUAUCACAAGUCAAUGAUGACGCUGAAGGAACGGAAGGAGAUGGAGGACGUGUUCAAGAAGGCACAGAAGCCGUGGGCGAAGCUUCUGCAGAAGGUCGAAAAAGCGAAGUCUGAGUACCAUAACAGCUGCAAAACCGAACGAACCGCGGCAAACAUGGAAAGGAACGCAUCGGCUGACAGUUCGCUUUCCCCUGACCAGAUGGCCCGAGGCUCUGAAAACGUGAAGAAAAUGCAGGACAGGGUGCAAAAGACGAAGGAAGAGGUGCAGAAAGCGAAAGAAAAGUACGAGGCCGCGUUGCAAGAAAUUAAUCAGUAUAACCCGAAAUACAUGGAGGAUAUGACUCAGGUGUUCGAGAAGUGUCAAGAGAUGGAGGCGCAGCGGCUUCAGUUCUUCAAGGAUGUUCUUUUUGGCAUCCAUAAAUGUCUCAAUAUAUCUCAGGAUCCGAUACUUCCACAAAUAUACGAAGAAUUCUAUCAUACGAUUAAUAACGCGGACCAUGAAAAGGACUUGAAAUGGUGGUCGAACAAUCACGGUGUAAAUAUGGCUAUGAAUUGGCCUCAAUUCGAGGACUAUACAGAGGAGUUUCGUGACAUCACCAAGGGUUCGAAGUCGAAGGAGGCACUUCCGGCUGGGUCCAUCACGCUGAUCAAUCAACGCCCGGUCGGCGAGGAUGUGCAUGAAUACCCACCGAUUAAUAAUAAAUCAAAAUCGAAGCCUAGUUCACGGGUAAUAUCAACAGAUGGUGGUCACGGGGAUAGCAAAACCGACACGAUUAAUUCCAGCAAACAUUCUUCUGAGAAGAACAACCACGAUGGUAGUGCAGUGAACAGGACCGCUACAAUGACUAAUGGUACAAAUGCUAAACAAGAAUCAAAUCCAUUUGAAGAAGAAGAAUGGGAUGAAGAUAGUGGUGAACCAUUGGUAGAUAAUGGAGAACCUGGUGUUCUUGUACGCGCAUUAUACGACUAUGAAGGUGCCGAGGCAGACGAACUUAGCUUUAAACAGGGUGAGGUAUUCGAUAAAUUAGAGGACGAAGAUGAACAAGGAUGGUGUAAAGGGCGGAAAGAUGGUAGAGUGGGUCUUUAUCCUGCAAACUACGUAGAACUUAUGUCACCUUAAAAUUACCAAGCAAAGCCAAAUUAUAUGAACAUUGUUAGUUACUUAACACGUAACGCGUACGAAAGAAAAGGAAAAAAAAAAAACAAAAUUUUUAUUUUGUUGUUUGUUUCUCUAUGAAAUAGCACGUUAAAGAAAAGAGAAAAUUUGUAAAUGUCGUUAAAUAAGAAUUACAUGAGACUCUAUAUUAGGAAUCGUUCAUUUUGUGUGAUAUAUAAUGAGCGCUAAAAAAGACGAAAAAGGUAAUAUGAUACAUCUUACGGUUCAAUGUUACGAAUGAAAUUCAGGAAACUACUAUAAACGUGAAGAAGAAAAUGCAUACAUCUAUUUCAUUCUAUCUUUCAGAUCGAUAUAGGGUCGAUGCAAUAGAACUUAAAACGAAACUUUUAGUCUGACGGGUAAUAUGUUUCCGUAGGUAGCUAGGAUUCUCUAUAUCCAUCUCUAUAAAUUAGUGCUAAACGAUAAGAUGGAUACAUACACCACGAGUAUAUUAUAAGUUUAGAUUUUUGAGAUAAUGUACAAUUAUACAUUUUUUGACUCAUUAUUAGCAUUGUUGGUAUGAAACAUUUCGGCGAAUGCGACGAAAAGUAUAUUUAAUUUAUUGUUAUUCAAAUGAUACUAUUAAAACCUAUUCUUUCCGAAUGGUAUUCUUGUAUAUAAUAGAUAUAAGGUCGUAAACGAUAUGUAAAGUUACAUUGUUUAACGAAGUUGAGGUUUUAUGAUGUUCGCAGUACAUCAUCAGCAGGA